AAUCUCAUAUAAGAAGUUACUUUUAUAUUCAGGAAAUUGGAUAUAAAUAUAGUAAGAUGAAUGAUACACAAGAUUUGGAUAAAUGGCGAAAAGAGAGUUAUGAAAAUGAUUUUAUGGUUUGGUUUCAAGAAGUAAAUGAGAUUUGUGAAGAAUAUGAAAAUAUUCGUUAUGUUUAUUUUCAUAGUGUUUGUUUAAAAGAAAAUGAAAUUGAUAACAUUUCUGAAUAUUGUAUGCUAUUAGUUUCUGAAACUAUUGUAUAUUAUGAACAAAUUGAAAAAAUUGAUGAUGAAUUUUGUUACUUUAUUAAUGGUAAUAAACGAGAAAAAGAAGUUUCACCUAAGGGUUAUCUAUAUUGUAAAAUUAAUCAUAAUGAAUUAAUUGGUAAAGUAGAAGAAAUAGGAUUUUUAUAUCCCUUUAAAAAGAAAUUUUUAGAAGAUCUUUCAAAAAGAAUUUGUGAUCAAUGUCUAGAAUUUAAA